GUAGGUGGCGGUAUGCACCUGUAGCUGUUUGCGACCCGCGAAAAAUCCAGACAAGAAGAAGAAUGGUGUGGUGCUUAUGUGAUACUCUUCGUUCAUCCUGCGCCUAAAGCAAAGGCUGCUGAGUCAUUAUCUGUAUCAACAGGCUGCGUUCAGCAGACACACCCGGCUGCUCUGAACUCUGAUCUGUGUUUGCCAGCAGCCAAUGACUACAGUUGCAGUACUUGGAGGGGGGAUUGGGGGUUUGGCAGCAUCCUACUACCUAUGCAAGAGCCCCCAGGUUACCAAGGUAAUUGUUCUUGAGUCCAGCAGUCGCUUCGGAGGUUGGCUGAGCUCCACCAGGAGGUCGGAUGGCGCCGUGUUUGAACAUGGACCCAGAGGGAUCCGACCUGCGGGGGCAGUGGGACGCAACACCCUCAAUAUGGUCGAUGAUCUGGGUCUCGGCGGGGAGAUUCUGCCGGUCGACUACAGCCAUGUCGCCUCUAAGAACAGAUAUGUGUACGUGAACAAACAGCUGCACAGGAUGCCUUCAGGGAUAAGUGGACUUCUGCGCACCGUGCCCCCUUUCUCUCGUCCCCUACUGUUGAACAUUGCCAAGGAGAUACUAGUGAGGAAAGGCAAGGAGGAUGACGAGUCCAUCCAUUCAUUUGUUUCUCGGAGGCUUGGAAAGGAGCUGGCAGACAUAGCUGUGGACAGUUUGUGUCGGGGUGUGUUUGCGGGCGACUGCAGGAAGUUGAGCGUGCGUUCUUGUUUCCCUGUCUUGUUCAAUGCAGAGCAGCGCAGAGGCUCUCUGACGCUGGGCAUGCUGCUGGGCUCAGGUCCCACUCCACUGCUCCCCCCCGGCCCUCUGGCUCAGAGAUCACAGACAGAGUCGUGGGCCCAGUGGUCUCUGCGCAGUGGGAUGCAGUCCUUCCCAGAAUCCCUCAGUGAGUUCCUCCAACAGAGCGGCAGAGUGCAGCUGCACAGAGACGCUGGCGUGCAGCACAUCACUCCUGCAGCCUCUGGGUGGAAGAUCGAAUUAGAGGAUGGAGUCAUAUCAGCUGACCACAUCAUCUCUGCAAUGCCUGCUAAAGCCCUCUCCUCCGUCCUGCCCCCCUCCUGUCAAUCUCUCAGCCAGCUGCUGCAGGACAUCUCCAUGGUUACGGUUGCUGUGGUAAAUCUGGAGUAUGAGGGUUCCAUCCUGCCUGUCACGGGCUUCGGUCACCUGAUUCCAUCUUCAGAGAAUCCAGGUGUUCUUGGGGUCGUCUACGACUCAGUUCCCUUCCCUCAACACAACAGACCUGAAGGACACACUACAAGACUGACGGUGAUGAUGGGCGGGGCCUGGUUCCAGGAAGUGUUUGGGUCCCCAGAAACUGUAACAGAUGAGUGUCUUUUAGCGAGAGCCACUGAGGCGGUGCGGAGCCAGCUGGGAGUCACCUCAGCACCCUGCUGGAGUUGGGUGGCCCUGCAGAAGGACUGCAUACCUCAGUAUUAUCAGGGACAUUUUCGAAAAGUUGAGUCCAUGCGUCACUUGAUAAAGGAGAACAACCUAUCGCUAUCUCUGAUUGGUUCCUCGUAUGAUGGAGUGUCAGUGAAUGAUGUCAUCUUUAGUGGACGUACAGCUGCGGAGGAGUUGAUAGGAGCUGCAGUUUGAUGGAGCUGGUCGCCACGGGAACAGAACAGCCAGUGUUGCUCCCCAGGUGUGAGAGCAAAGAUAUUUUGAUAUUUGGGUAAUGACGUUGGGAGUACAAUUUAUUUUUUUAAACCCAUUUAACAUGAAUUCUUACUCAUGUAUCAUCAGUGUGACCAGCGGACAUGUUGUGUGUGUGGAUCAGUGCAGUCAAGCCUCACCUGGACAUGUCAACACUGAUCAAUAUACAUUAUGCUGAAAGUACCACAGUGUAGAAUUCAAAUCAAAUUGUAAUAUUCUAACAUCAUAAAAGAAUGAAGAUGUUGGAAUUCACACAUUGUUUCAAUGAUAAAGAGAUUAUUGCCCACCUGAUUUGCCUACUGAAGACUCGCACUUUAAGUAAAGCCUCAUUUGUCCCGUUUCCUCAUUACUUGAAACAUAUCAUGAGACUGAUGGGCAAUAUGAACUGACAUCAAAUGAUUUUCAUAUUAUUCUGUCAUUGCAUCCGUAUUGGUAUUUUGGGCUCAUGAAUAAAAGUGAAAGACUCGUA